CCCCUUCCAAAUCCACAAACUCUACCACCCAGAAGGACAAGGGCAGCAGAUGCAUGGGAACACAACCACCUGCCUGUUCCCCUCCAAGAUCCACAGCAUCCUGAUUUGGGACUAUAAUACUUCACUAUCGCUGGGUUAAAAUCCCAGAACUCUCUCCCUAACAGCAUUGUGGGUGUACCUACACCAAAUGGACACAGCUGUUCAAGAAGGCAGCUCACCAAUACCUUCUCAAGGGCAAUUAGGGUUGGGCAAUAAAUGCUGGCUUACAUCCAAUGAAAGUAUAAGUAAAAAAUUGAGGAGUCAGCCCCAUCAGCAAAGGAGGAGAGAGAGUUGGAGAAAAUCCUGUUUCUUUUUCCUGUUUUACAGAAGGAUUGCACUGUACUACACGAGAGAAUACAGAGAGGAUAGACACCGCAGAUAGAUCCUGACUAUCACCCAAGGAACAACUGUACACAACUGUGGGAAGACAUCCAGUCCCUUCACAGCAUUUCUCAACACAGAGAAGGUUGGGCAGUGAAACCAUCAUUUUGAAAUCAGUCGGGUCAGGGGAGCUUUGAUAUAUCAUCAGAUCGGAAACUGGACAGCGGUGUAGAACCUUCUGUCAGAACCAACCUUUCUGAAGGUUCAGUUGUGAGCAAUUGAUCAGGGUGAGACUGGGAUGAGUGGGCUCCAAGUGUGGUGAGAGCUUCAGUCAUUUACCGAGCCUCAUGAACUACUGGACGGCUCCACAGGCUCAUAAGAUCUCCUCACACAAAAGAUUCAUCUGUUGUCCCACAAGUAAUACAAGGACAGCUACAUGGAAGAGAAACCAUUCAAGUGUGGCGUCUGUGAUUAAGCUUUUGCACAUCCAUCGACAUUCGAGUAUCAGCAACGCAGUCACACUGGGGAGAAACCUUUUGAAUGUGAGGUGUGUAAUAAGAGCUUUGCACAGUCAUCGGGCAUGUUAAAGCACCAGCUCAUUCAUACAGGGGAGAAGUGUGAGGUAUGCAACAAAUCAUUCUCGUUAUCAACUCUCCGCGUACACCAACACAUUCACUCAGGAGAGAAACCGUUCAAAUGUGAGUUGUGUGACAAAUCAUUCUCGCAUCUAUCAAGACUGCUGCUCCAUCAGACAGUCCACACAGGGGAGAAACCAUUCAUGUGUGAGGUGUGUGAGAAAUCGUUUUCAUCAUCAUCAGAUCUCCACAGACACCAGCACAUUCACUCAGGGGAGAAACCGUUUAAGUGUAAGACGUGCAACAAAUCAUUCUCACUGUCAUCAAAACUCUUGCUCCAUCAGAGGAUCCACACAGGGGAGAAACCAUUCAGAUGCGAGGUGUGUGAGAAAUCAUUCUCAGUGUCAUCAGGCCUCUUGCGCCAUAAGAGGACUCACACAGGGGAGAAACCAUUCAAGUGUGAGGUGUGUGAGAAAUCAUUCUCAGUGUCAUCAAGCCUCCUGCGCCAUAAGAGGACCCACAGCGGGGAGAAACCAUUCAAGUGUGAGGUGUGUGACAAAUCGUUCUCAGUGUCAUCAGGUCUCCUGCUCCACCAGAGGAUCCACACAGGGGAGAAGCCAUUCAGGUGUGAGGUGUGUGAGAAAUCAUUCUCAGUGUCAUCAGGCCUCCUAAUCCACCAGAGGAUCCACACAGGGGAGAAACCAUUCAGGUGUGAGGUGUGUGAGAAAUCAUUUUGAGGUCUUCAAGCUUCCUACUUCAUCAGAACCACAUGGGCUUAACCCUUCGAUUGUAAAGUUUGUGCUGAAACUUUCAUGAUGUCUUUGACUCUCCUCGGACACCAGAGGAUUCAUACAGGGGAGAAACUUUUCAGGUGCAAUGUUUGUGACAAGACUUUCACUCCUUCCUCCAAUGUCCUCAAUAAGAAGGUGGAUAUGAGGGAGUGGUUAAACCAGAUUGAUGGCUACAGAAGCAUUGUGGUAAAUGGAGGGCCAAAGGACAGAGAAUUAGAAAGCACUGUCCAACUCAUCUGGGAUGGAAACUGAUUGGUCCAUGGACCCAUGUGAUCACUGGAUCUCUGUAACCAUUAGUGGGUUUGUAUGAUGGAAACGAGUUCCAUCCUGUGUCACUAAAGUUUGAUGUCAUUUCUGACCAUUGGAAUUGGGAGCCAGACUAAAGGCCAGGGAUUUUAAAGAAACUUCUGUCUGUCGUAUUCUGAGAGAGUUUCACCUGAUGUGUGUGUGGGUGUUAGUAAAGUGAGACAGCUCUCAGGAGUGGGUAUGGGGUAGAAUUGGACCCUGCUUUAGUUGGAGGUGUGUUUAUAGACAGAUCUUCUUCAAGUGAUGGGUGCUUAACUAAUACCAUGGGUUAUGUUUGUACAAUCCUGUCCGAGGACUACUAUCCUGAGUAUAGUGAGGGAGUGGGGGUGAGUCUCUACAGACCUGAGUUCUCUCAGCCCAUCAUAUCUCAAUGUAAUAAUGGUGUGCUAUGUUCACGUUACACUCUUCCAAGGUUCAAUUCGUGUUCUUAGAAAGAUCUUGAGUCAUUUUCAAAUGCUUUGUUAGUUUGGUUGAUUCAAAGUUUGUGUAAGCUGAACAUAACGUUGUUGUUUGUCUGCAGUUUAAUCAAUCUUCUGUAUAGAUUUAUAAGACAAUAAAUUCAUGUUUAUAAACUUAA